GUUUCGGUCACCCUCACCCAGACUAAAAAUAGCGUUGUCUUUUCUUACCGAAGAAUUCGUCUGCUUGUUCAGCUGCACACAACAAAUAUACCGAAUUUAAUGGCAAAUAUUGAAAUUUUGAACCAUAUGGAUAUGAACGUCAAUGCUUUCCUUGGAAAUGUAUAAAUACUGAAGUCGACUAUUAAUUGGCACUUAGUGUGUGUUACAUUUCUUACAAUUACCAGAGCUACUAAAUUGAAAUGAAUAUAUUUUUUUUUGUCUUGCUGUCCGGGCUGGCCUUUCAGCUCAGUGUCUCCAGUCUACUUCCGGCAAUAAGGACCGGUGUAACAAAAACUGUGUUCUCAUCUCCACAAAAUCUGAACACCAAUCAACGUACUGGGUGUUCGAAUUGUUUGCUAAGGAAUUUGCUAUGUGGCGUAGUGCGUACUGUAGGUGGCAAAAUCUUAACGAAUUUAUGUUGUGAUUGUACUCCGGAACCAGUGAAAAAAUGCCCAGAGUUUAAGUGCAUGGCUCUCCAAUGCCCUAAUGGAGAAAGGCCGACAUUUUUUCCCGACGGAUGCAGAGGAUGCAACGAAUGCGUUCCAGAGAUAAAUACAACAACUCCGGAACCGGAAAGUACAACAACUCCGGAACCGGAAUGUUCAACAUCUUCGGAACCGGAAUGUACAACAACGCCAGAACCAGAAUGUUCAACAAGGCCACCAUGCAAGAAGCUUUUAUGUAUUGAACCGAAUUGUGCUUACGGAAAAUUGCUAACAUUCUUUCCGAAUGGUUGUCCGGGCUGUCCGGUCUGCAAAUCAGCGCCUACUACUGCAGCGUCGGAACCAGAAGUCACAACCACACCGGAACCGGAAGUCACAACAACACCGGAACCAGAAGUCACAACCACACUGGAACCAGAAUGUACAACAACACCGGAAGCCACAACAACAUCUGAACCAGAAUGCUCAACUACACCGGAACCAGAAGUCAUGACAACACCUGAACCAGAAUGCUCAACUACACUAGAACCAGAAAGCAUAACAACACCGGAACCAGAAGUCACUACAACGCUGGAACCAGAAUGUACGACAACAUCGGAGCCAGAAGUUAUGACAACAUCGGAGCCAGAAGUUAUGACAACACCGGAACCAGAAUGUGCCACAUCGGAGCCAGAAGUUAUGACAACAUCGGAGCCAGAAGUUAUGACAACACCGGAACCAGAAUGUGCCACAACACCGGAACCAGAAGUCACAACAACAACCAAAAAGCCAUGCAAAAAAAUGCUAUGCAUCGUUCCUAAAUGUCUUAACGGAACGAUAGAAACACUUCUACCAAAUGGAUGUCCAGGAUGCCCUGUGUGUAUGACUUGAGUUGAAAUUUGACGGUUUUAUUGUUACAUUAAAAAGAACGGAAUUU